AUGAGCAACAGCGGCAAUCUACAGGAUGUAGGAAAGUUGUCUCUGCGUUGGUGGUUGGCCGACCAUUGUGCACUCUCACAAUUUCAUGACCCCGCUUUGUGUCGAAAGCGCAAAAUUGCCAAGCUCGGAGAAUUUAGAGGGUUAUGGCCGGAGGCUGAGCUUCUUUUAUGGCCUGCCCCCGGAUCGCUUCGCGACAUCGCGGUCCUGGACACCGCGGGGCUCCCAGCUGAGGCCUUCGUAAGACGGCAGCCGUUUGCUUCUUCCGGCCCCGGCGACGAGCCCAUGUCCUUCCAUCCUAUUGUAUCACUAUCUGCAGUGUACCAUCUGGUCUCUCGCUUGACCAUCGGUGUCAACAACCUUGAGGCGCUUCAAGACACAUGCUGCCGGAUGGCGGAGGAACAUGAGAUUGAUCGCGACGACGAUACCGACGAAGAUGAGGAAACAGACGAGUACUGUAUUUGUCAGAGCUGCAAAGAACACCCCUCCAGAUACUACAAAAAUACAUCCAAGCUCCACGUGGAAGCGAAGGCGAAGCCGUAUGUCACUACUGGCGACGUCGUGCUCGUCAUCUGGGACGACAUACGCCUUGCCGACAUUAUGACCAACGAAAAUUGGGCUGACCAGUAUCCCUUGGCACCCGCGAACACCAAGGCUUGGUUGAAUGGCGACUCUUCCUGCUCUUCGGUAUACCUCAUUCGACAGGCGCCCGAUGAUGCCGGGAAUCAGGAGGACAGAGACACACAUUGGCGGGAGGUUGCCGCUGGAGUGCUGAAGUCCAAGAGAAAUCUCUGCCAUAAGGCUGUUGAUACACAGUAG